UGCGUGCGACGAAGAGCACGCAUCCAGCUGUGUGUGUUUGUCAUCUUUUCAGAUUGCUGCCUGCGCCGUCGACCAAACAUACAUGAAAAAGUCGUUCAAUCGUCAAAUCAGGCGCACGCGCGCAAUCAGGCGCACGACGCGUAAAGAGAACCCAUCAGCGCGCCCGUCCUCAUCCUCAUGACGCUCCAACGCCACCCCCACCCCCACCAUGCUCAUGCCCAUCCUCAUCCUCAUCCUCAUCCGUAUGAUGCUGCACCUCCGUCGCUGCCAUCUCUAAGGACCGAUGCUGAGGUGAGGAGGAAUCUCCUGAACCCGAGCGCGAACAGCACCUGCUCCAGCAGUCUCUCGUGAAGAAGGCAUGGAGGGCCUGCCAGUACCACCAUUGGAAGAAGAAGGCCCCCCAGACGGCUCCAAAAACGGUUGCGAGGGGCCAUUGGUCUCCGAAGGGCCACGCCGAGAGGAGGGGUGUGCCUGAUGCCCACUCGACGAAGAGCGUCGCCGCGAUCCCCACAAAGGACAAUCCGACCACCACCGCGACACCUUCGCCGACAGCUUCACGACAAGCCCUCUGCAGCACAUCAUAAGCAACACAUGUGGUGUCUGUGCUGAGGUAGUGUAGUCACAGCCCACCUCAGUACUUGUGUGGAUAUCAUUUCGUCCUUCUCCACGGCGAUGCCCCAAUCCGUCACGAGUUGUUGACGCAGUCUGUCGAGGUUGACUUCGUCCGGGAUCCGUAGAGGGAAGCCGCCUUUGUAGAAUCCCCGCACGUGCUCACAAUCCUCCUCGCGCCCAAUGAUGAUGAGAGUCUGAUUCUCAGCCGUUGCCUUGUCCCAUGUGCAACCUUCACACACAAAGACAGCACGUCAUACACAUGCUGCAUAAGGCAGGCAGGCAGGCAGGCGCUAGGCAGGCGUGUGUGUCUCUGUGUGCGCACCGACCUGCAUCAUCCUUGUCACCACAGUUGACUAUGCGAUACAGACGGCUUCCCUUCCACAUCUCUUCGUUCCUCUUCCCUGUGGCGUUGUUCGGCCACUCUCGGUUGGCGUCCAAGAGGCGGCGCGGAAGGCCAUGCGAUGCCUCCUCAGUAGGGCGGAGCUCGACGAUCACAAGCUCUCCCUGCGCAGGCAAGUGCGGGGGGGGAGACGUGGCGGACGCGCUUUCUCCCACCAUCUGGAG